UUUUCGGAGGAGUCAUUGGAUAAAAAAAAGCUGUUAAAGCUGCAGCGGAACCAGCCAACGCACCAGUAUAAAGUCUGUCCAUCACCCUGGGAUCUAAGGAGACAAGCGGAGUGCCGGUGUCGGCCAUGAAGAUGGUGAAUGUGGGAGGAGGAGGAGGAGGAGGAGGAGGUGGAGGUGGAGGAGGUGGAGAGAAGGCUGCCUUUUCCUUUAAGAAGUGCUCUGCUUUCCAGUUUGUCAAGAGAAAGGUACGAAGAUGGAUGAGAAACCCCAAGGUGAGCGUCGAGAAGGCCCAAGGGAAAGGCUAUCCAAAGUGUCCGCUGGCUGAUGACCUGUGGUACACACACUUCCCGUCUCCUUACGGCUGCUGUCACUAUGGCGGCCUGCAGGGCGGGCAGUACUACCACCAGGAGUUGUGCUCGCCAUGCCCUGCCAGUGGGCAUACCAGCGGCCAUGACAAGAGCAAGGGCUGCAAGGUCAGGAAGUGGAAGAUGCUGGCCCGCCAUCACGCCGACGGUACAGGCAAGCAGAAGGAAGCAGAGUCAGACGUCCACCUGGGCGGUUGUCAGUCCUGGGGGGUCCACGCCUCGCCCCUCCUGGCCAGCCCUGUCAUGCUGGAGUGCUCCAUCUGCAGUGGGCCCUAUAUCAGCUACGCCCUGGAGGAUACCUGGCAGCCACGUCAACGUACACAGGCGAUGGACCUGUACUACUACAAUGAGUCAGACCCAGACAGCUACUGUUGCCCUGGCGACAACUCUUUUAUGAAACAGAGGAGAAUGGGUCUGAACGACUUCAUUCAGAGGCUUGCCACAAACUCCUACGCCUGCAAGCAUCCUGAAGUUCAGUCUAUUCUGAACUUGAGUGCCCCUCAGGAGGCUGAGCUCAUGAAUGCAAACCCCUCACCUCCUCCUAGUCCAUCCCAACAGAUCAACCUCGGUCCAUCCUCCAACCCCUCGGCUAAACCCAGCGACUUCCACUUCCUCAAAGUGAUCGGCAAGGGCAGCUUUGGCAAGGUCUUGCUCGCACGCCAUCGCGCAGAUGACGAGUUUUACGCAGUCAAAGUUCUACAGAAAAAGGCCAUCCUCAAGAAGAAGGAGGAGAAACAUAUCAUGUCAGAGAGGAAUGUGCUGCUAAAGAAUGUCAAGCACCCAUUCUUGGUGGGCCUGCACUACUCUUUCCAAACAGCGGACAAACUCUACUUCAUCUUGGACUACAUCAAUGGAGGAGAGCUGUUUUACCAUCUACAGAGAGAGCGCUGCUUCCUCGAGCCCAGAGCCAGGUUCUACGCUGCAGAGAUCGGCAGCGCGCUGGGCUACCUCCACUCCCUCAACAUAGUCUACAGAGACCUGAAGCCAGAGAACAUCCUGCUGGACUCACAGGGACACAUCAUUCUUACGGAUUUCGGCCUGUGCAAGGAGAACAUCGAACCCAACGGGACCACGUCGACCUUCUGCGGUACGCCAGAGUAUUUAGCUCCUGAGGUUCUACACAAGCAGCCGUAUGACAGGACGGUAGACUGGUGGUGUUUAGGAGCUGUCCUCUAUGAGAUGCUCUAUGGCCUGCCUCCGUUCUACAGCCGCAACACAGCAGAAAUGUAUGACAACAUAUUGAACAAGCCGCUGCAGCUGAAACCAAACAUUUCCAACGCAGCCAGACACUUGCUGGAGGGCUUGCUGCAGAAGGACCGAACCAAGAGGCUGGGCUGCACAGACGACUUUAUUGAAAUUAAGAACCACAUGUUCUUCUCGCCCAUUAACUGGGAUGACCUCAAUGCCAAAAAGAUCACCCCUCCCUUCAACCCCAAUGUGACGGGACCCAACGACCUGCGGCACUUUGAUCCAGAGUUCACAGACGAGCCGGUGCCCAACUCCAUUGGUUGUUCCCCAGACAGCACGCUGGCCACAGCCAGCAUCAAAGAGGCUGCUGAGGCCUUUGUGGGCUUCUCCUACGCCCCGUCUAUGGACUCUUACCUAUAGUACACAGGCACUCAAUUGACUCCAAUUCAGACUUACAGGACAUUAACUGUGGCGUGUCGAUGGACUCGCAUCUUGAUCCCACGUUACAUUUCCCGUCGGGAUGAUGGACAAUCCUGAAGCAGCGCCUGCAACAACUCUGCAUUUGCAAAGAAUUUAAACGUGUGUACGUGCCAUGAUCUCUCCAACUCUUGAAAGGAAGACUUGCUACAAGAGGAAGACUGCCAUGAUAAAACGACUCAUUGUGGUCUGUAAUCCUCCAUCUUACCCUCAUUUACCAACACACAAUUACUUCAACCUUCCACAACAGACAGAGACGCUCUGCAGCCUUUAAUUGUCCAUCUCAUACCUGUUAGUGGAGGUCCUUUGCACAUAGCUCAGGCAGCUUUAAAGCCUCCCUCGACCUAAAGCCACAACCGACAAGCACACACACCAACUUCCACCUUUUCUCAAAAGAGGAAGGCUGGACCGUACCGGACCAGCCCUGGCAAGGAAUUCCAUCUUCAUCGCUGUAGCGAUUCAUCUUCCUUCUUUUGAGUGUCUAACAACCCACUGAGGGCAUACCUGUUGCGUUUGAAUAAGUACCUUGGAGAUGACAUUUAUUUUGGUGCUUUAGUUUUUUAUUAUUUACUGUCUGAGUGGUUGAAAAAGGGAGCAAUUGGAAGCUGAAUGUUACAGAGGGGGAUG